AUGAGCGCCCAAACGAGCUCGCAAGCAGCAGAGCUAGCAGCGGCGACAGCACGGCUGCAGAGGGCUAAUCAAGCCAACCGCGGAGCCCCCUUCCGCCGCCAGAGCUCCGCUUCCCCCAGGGACUCGUGCUGGGCGGUUGGGGUAGGGCUGGGCGGAGCAGCAGGUCCCGUGUCCAGGUUUGGGGCUAGGCUGAGCUGGGAGGGGCCGAGUGAAGGGAAAGCGUGCGGGGCUGAUAGGGGCUUUGGUGGUGGGGAAGGGGGAGCGGUUGGAGGGUGGAUCGAUGGGUUGAGUGGGUUUGGAAGAGGUGGGAAUGAGGAGGCGAAGGGGCGAUUGAUGGGUGGGGGUGUUUCCGGUGGUGGGGGUGCUGGUGGUGGGAUGAGAGGCAGUGUAGGCUCGCCCGCGGGGAAAGCAGCAGGGGGGCAGUAG